AUGAAUUAUUUUAUAUGUAAAACAUGUAUACAUCAAUAUAAUAUAAAACGUAAAGAAAAUCAUUAUAUAGCAUCAAAAUUACCAGUAAAUGAUUUAUCAUCACAAUUAGAAAAACGUGUCAAUCAUUUUUUGCACAAUCAAGAUUGUCAAACAGAUCAUGCGACAAUUCGAAUAUUAUCUUCAAAUGAUAGAAUAUGCGUAGUAAAACUACAAUUAAAGAAAUAUUAUCCAUAUCAAGCAACAAAUGGUUAUCCAUAUCGAACAAAAGCUAUAUUUGCUUUUCAAGAAAUCAAUGGUAUUGAUAUUGUUUUCUGUGGUAUGUAUGUACAAGAAUAUGAUGAAUAUUGUCCUACACCAAACACACGUCGUGUUUAUAUAUCAUAUUUCGAUGCAGUAUAUUUUUUUCAACCAAAGAUUUAUCGUACAGAUGUUUAUCAUGAAAUUUUAAUUGGUUAUUUGAAUUAUAUUAAACAACAUGGAUAUAUGUAUGCUCAUAUAUGGGCUUGUCCAGCAAGUGAAGGUAUUGAUUAUAUAUUUCAUCGCCAUCCACCAGAACAACGCAUGCUGAAAUCAAAACGUCUGCAAGACUGGUGUAAAAAAAUGCUUGAUAGAGCAAUUGCAGAACGUAUUGUUAUUAAUUAUAAGGAUAUUAUGCAAGAUUGUUUGGAUAAUCAAGUACAAACAGUUAUUGACAUUCCAUAUUUCGAUGGUGAUUUUUGGCCAAUUAUUAUUGAAAAUAAUAUUAAUAAACUUGAACAAGAAGAAUAUGAAGACUUAGAUAACCCAUUUGAAUCAGAAGAUUCAAUCGAAAUAUGUGGUAAACGUAAAUCUGCAAAUACAUAUGAAAACAAAAAAUUGAAACAAACAGCAAAUCAAAUAUCGAAUUCUACUUAUUUACUAUCUACAAUAUAUUCAACUAUGGAAAAAUACAAAGAGGUAAAUUAUUCAAAAAAACAAACAUUUAGUUCAUCUCCUACAACAUGUGAAAAAUGUUAUAAUAUUGAACCAAAACAUGAACAUAAAAUGAUAAGUUCAGUAUCAUCAAAAGUUCACGUUAAUCAAUAUGAUAAACAUAAUUCAUUAAAUGCUGAUGAUAAAUCUAUAGCAAGUAUACUUAUUUGUGUAACAGUCGAUGAAAAUCUUCAAAUAUCAUUUCCAGUACGUUUCGGUAGUCGAAACUAUGAGAAAUUAUGGUCUUUUAAACUUGAAUUAGGACAUGUGUCAGGGCUUGCAAUGAAUACAACAACCGAAAUCUCACUCGAUCCAACCGAUUGGAAUGAUUUGCGAUUGUUAGGGCAUAAAAUUAUGGAUAAUAUGAUCGACUACAUGCGUGAUAUUCGUCUCCGACCAACCUGGAGUCCAUUACCAUUAACAAUCAAACAAACUAUUCUUAAUGGUGAUCUUCCACUUCAAGGUCAAUCACCAUGGCAAGUCUAUGAUGAAAUUUGCACGACUAUUCUUCCCUAUAUUAUUGGUAAUAUUCAUCCUCUUUUUUGGGGUCAUGUCUACGGCAGCGGUUCAGCGAUUGGAGCUCUAGCCGAAUUUAUCACUGGAACAAUUAAUACAAUGUCUUGGGGCGGUCAACAGGCAAGUAUCUAUUUAGAACGUAAAGUCUUGUGCUGGCUCAAAUUGUUGAUGGGUUUUCCGAAUGAUGAGACAAGUUCAGGCAUUCUCGUCAGUGGUACAUCGGUGGCUACAAUCAUUGCUUUAGCAGUGGCUAGAAAAAAAUUUCAUGAACGAAUCAUGAUCAUCUACUGUUCGAAAGAUACGCACAGUUGUAUUAUCCGUGCUGCCAAUCUGCUCGGUAUCAAUAAAGAAAAUAUCGUUUAUGUUUCGACAAAUGAACAACGACAAAUCGAUGUGCAGGCAUUAGAGGCGUACAUCGAUCCGAACGCAUGUGGCUUUAUUGUUGGUUCAGCCGGUACGGUGGGCACUGGAGCUAUUGAUGAUCUACAAGGUUUAGCUGAUCUGUGUGCUCGUCGACCGAAUGAUCUCUGGUUUCAUGUCGAUGGUGCUAUUGGUGCGGUUGCAUGUUGUUCACCACGUCUUCGGCCAUUGUUCACAGGCUUGGAACGAGCCGAUUCGAUUGCAUUUGAUUUGCAUAAAUGGCUCUUUAUUCCAUAUGAAUGUGGUUGUAUUUUGGUGCGCGAUGGUCAAUUACAUCGUUCGACAUUUGCUCAACCAACCGUAUCCUAUUUGACAUUGAUGGACGGUGGCAUAACACCGAGUGAAGGUGAAUAUUUUUUCAGUGAUUAUGGUCUUGAACUUUCACGUAAUACAAAAGCCAUAAAAGUUUGGAUGACCUUGAAAACCUAUGGAAUCGAACGAUUCGGUCGCAUUAUGGAACAAAAUGUUGAUCAAGCAUUGUAUUUUGCUCAUUUAAUUGAACAACAUUCAAAUGAAGUCGAAUUGUUGGCGAAAGUAACAUUAAAUAUUGUUUGUUUUCGUUAUAUUGGAAAUGAAAUAUAA